AUCUACCCACCAAAUCUUGCAAGGUACGUGAACAAAAAGUUCUUUGUCUCCCUACGUCCCCAUAUUCCCAGCAUCAAGGUGUGUUGAGCUUUAUUCCUUGAAGGCGAAUAUGGUUUCUCUUCUCCCAUACAAAGCGUACCUUUUGAAUAAAGGAAACUCUUCCAAAUGGAAGACAUCUAGACCAUAUCUUGGAGAAGAUGUCAACAAACAAUAUAAAAUCAAAACCACACUUGCGUGACUUCUUGCGACUGCUUGUCGCUCCAAGUUUUUCUCCCUUCUGUAUAAUACUCUAUCACUCACUGAAACUACAGUAGAUCGAGCCAGCAGACUCUGAUCAUAACCACAUUCAUUUUUCCUUUCUAUUCCUAUAUACGUAUUUUUAGCGUUGCAUAGUACUCACCUUUUACAGUCAUUCGUCUUUUACUAGGCUUCACAUCGAGCGAAAUGAGGUCCUCGAUUUUGAUCGCCGCUGGCGCAGCAACUCUGGCUAUGGGCAGCCCUCUGGAGAAGGAGAAGCGAGCGAUGGAAACUGAAUGGGUCGUAGACUACUUGACAGUUACCGUUACCGGUACUGAGUCAGCUAAGCCAACAAUAUUCUGGGGCGGCCCGAAGCAACGUCCCGCAGAGACAAACUCUCCUUACCCUGUUGUAACCGAGACUCCCGAGGCACCAGCCCCUCCCCCUGCCCCGGAGACAACCGCGCCGUCUGUUGUGGUUGUUACUGUGACCCAAGGCUAUCCCACUUCUGAGUCCACUCCGGCACCAGUUGUACAGGAUCCUGCGCCCGCACCGGCCCCUGAAACGCCUUCUCCUUCCCCAUCCCCGUCCCCAUCCCCUUCUCCUGAGCCCGCCACCGCCGCCGCCACCGAUUUCGCUGGUGUGGCCGUUCAGCACCACAACUUCCACCGCUCAAACCACUCCUCCCCGGAACUCAAGUGGAGCGAUAAACUUGCUGGUUACGCUUACCAGACCUCCCUUUCCUGCAAAAUGGUGCACGAUAUGGACCAGGGUGACAAGGGCUAUGGCCAGAACUUGGCCAACUGGGCACAGAGCGUGGAUGCUUUCAAGUUAGGUGAUAGCGGCGCUGUCAAGAUGGCCGUCAGCGAUAUGUGGUACAAUGGAGAGUUCAACAACUUCCUUCCAUCGUAUUACGGCCAGGAUUCCCCCGACAUGUCCUUCUUCGAGAGCUGGGGUCAUAUGUCCCAGCUUGUCUGGAAAGAAUCGACUGAAGUUGGCUGCUCUUCCCAUUACUGCGAGAAGGGAACCAUGUACGAUGACUUUGAUGCCUGGUUCACCGUGUGCAACUACAGCCCUCCUGGCAACGUUGGUGGUGCUUACGGCAGCAACGUCCUUAAGCCUCUCGGCAAGUCUACCAUAACUGCGUAAACUGAUUCCAAGAAUUAGCAUUGCGCUUUAGGCAGUAUCUCGCUGGCAAAGGCAAUACACAUACCACACAAAACUCCCUUCGAUUCUUCAGUGUACAAUUCAAUACACAAUUUUUACAAAACCAGCACUCGCAGCAUGAUUGUUGAUGACAUGGAAAACCGGCGUGAAUGGGGCACCAGGGAAAGGAUGGUCCUGGAUUUUAGCAUUUUUUUUUCGAUUCGUUGUUGGGCUUUGAGCCAUUGCAUUUUUCUCUUUUUUGGUGAGACUUGUCAUUUCUCUAGAAUAUGACCUUGCAUUGCCCCGGUGGAGUUGAUGGCUUACCCCCCGCAAUGCAUUCAAUUAAGUCUGAACUAUUUAACAACAAACUCGUCUUCACUUCUUGUACCUGUCACUUUUCUUAUAUCACGUUUCGCUUUUUUGCAUCAAGUCAAGAGGGUGACGCUCAAAACUGAGUGCAUUACCUAGGUUCUUAAGGUCAGGAACGGUUGCCUACAGACUCGGAUGUUGCAGUCGGAUUGAUCCGGUUGUGGAAUAAAUCCCAGACCGUAUCUUCGUUGUAUGUAGAACUCAUUCAAUGCUAACGACGACUUAUGAACUA